UCUACAUGACACCACAUCUCUGUAACCCUAAAUUCCAUUUAACUCUCCGCUUCCUCGCCGGUAAUUGACUCCGUUCUGAGUAAGUGGGUUUGUAUCAUAAUUUAAGUACGGCCAGUUGAUUGUCUUUUUCUCCGUUUUCCUGAACUAUUUGUGGAGCCUCUUUAAUGGCUCUGUAUCUGUUGUACGAGUCGGCGUCUGGUUAUGCCCUGUUCCUGGCUCAUGGGCUCGAUGAAAUAGGGCAGAACACGGAGGCCGUUCGGAACUCUGUUUCAGAUCUGAACCGUUUUGGUAAGGUGGUUCAACUCACCGCUUUUCACCCAUUUGAGUCGGCUCUGGAUGCUCUCAACCAAUGCAACUCUGUGUCUGAAGGAUUGAUGACUGAUGAGUUGAGGAGCUUUUUGGAAUUGAAUCUCCCAAAAGUCAAGGAAGGAAAGAAGCCCAAAUUUAGUGUGGGAGUUGCUGAGCCUAAGCUUGGUUCCCACAUCUUUGAGGCUACUAAAAUUCCAUGCCAAAGUAAUGAUUUUGUACUUGAGCUUCUUCGUGGUGUGAGGUUGCAUUUUGAUAGAUUUAUAAAGGACCUAAAGCCUGGAGACUUGGAAAAAGCCCAGCUUGGCUUGGGGCACAGUUACAGUAGAGCUAAGGUGAAGUUCAAUGUUAACCGAGUUGACAAUAUGGUUAUCCAAGCAAUUUUCCUUCUUGAUACACUUGACAAGGAUAUCAAUUCUUUCUCUAUGAGAGUGAGAGAAUGGUACUCUUGGCAUUUCCCAGAGUUGGUGAAGAUUGUCAAUGACAACUAUCUCUAUGCUAGAGUGGCUAAACUAAUAGAGGACAAAUCAAAGUUGUCUGAAGAGCACAUUCCUGCCAUGACUGACAUACUAGGAGAUGAGGAUAAGGCGAAGGAAGUUGUGGAAGCUGGCAAAGCAUCAAUGGGACAAGACUUGUCUCCAGUUGAUUUAAUAAAUGUUCAGCAAUUUGCUCAGAGGGUAAUGGAUCUCUCUGAGUAUAGGAAGAAGCUAUAUGAUUAUCUUGUAACUAAGAUGAAUGAUAUUGCACCAAAUUUGGCCUCCUUGAUCGGUGAAGUUGUUGGAGCCCGGCUGAUCUCUCAUGCUGGUAGUCUCACAAAUUUGGCAAAGUGUCCCUCUUCCACUCUUCAGAUUCUUGGUGCAGAGAAAGCACUCUUCAGGGCACUUAAAACCCGGGGGAACACACCAAAGUACGGACUGAUUUUCCAUUCAUCUUUUAUUGGCCGGGCAUCUGCAAGAAACAAGGGCCGAAUGGCUCGUUAUCUUGCAAAUAAGUGUUCUAUUGCAUCUCGCAUUGACUGUUUUGCUGAGAGGGGUACUACUGUGUUUGGAGAGAAACUCCGUGAACAAGUUGAGGAGCGACUUGACUUUUAUGACAAGGGAGUUGCACCUCGUAAAAACAUUGAUGUGAUGAAAUCUGCAAUUGAAAGUACUCAGGGCAGAGACACAGAAAUGGAAGAAGCACAACCUAUUGAACCUUCAGUGAAGAAAAGCAAGAAGAAGAAGUCCAAAGCUACAGAAGAUGAUGAUGCUAUGGCUGAGGAUAAACUAGCAGCUGCUACAAAUGGAGAUGCUUUGGAGGAUGCAAAAUCAGAGAAGAAGAAGAAGAAGGAGAAACGAAAGCUGGAGAAUGAGCUGGACCAAGCUAAAGCUGAUGAAAGAUCAAAUGGUGUAAAUGGCGUUGAUGCUGAUCAGGAUGGUGCGGCCAAGAAUAAAAAAAAGAAAAAGAGCAAAGAUGAAGUAGCUGAGGAUGCUGGUGAAACAAAAAAGAAGAAAAAGAAGUCCAAAAGUAAAGAUGACGAGUGAAUUUACAAAUAGUUCGUGACCUAAGGCUGGAUCUGUAAUCGCAUUUUGCUUAAAGAAUCUGAAUUGUAGAAAAGACGAUUUUUUUUCUCUUCCUUCGGCCUAAAACUCAACAUGAAAGGCUUUGUGCUUUGUGUUACUUAUCUCCUAAUUGUGGUACUGUCAGUCUGUCAUUGAGAUUUAAAAUAUGUUUUCUACGUCUUCAUAUCUUCUGGGGUUUGCCCUUUGAAAUUUUGAAGUGAAGUUGUUUCUUGUGGGUUCACUAGCGUUUGUGUCUCCAGUUGCAAUUGAAUAGAAUUCACUUAAGUGU